GGCAGUGGGCACAAUCUGGGCUUCUCUGCUCGGUGUCCCCUUCUGGAUGCCUGAUUUUUAUAGUAUAACUUUCAGUCCUGAUCCGAUUUUUUCUCUUGUUGUCCCAAGAAAUGAACUGUGGCCUGGGCACAGUUGUUCCUCCCUCUUAAUUGAGGGGGCAGGCCUUUACUUAUGGUUGGGCCUAGAUCUACCUGCUUCAGUGGAACAAAUAAUACAUGGGUCUGUAGUGAAGGAGACUGAUUUAUCCCCACAGCAGGUCCAUCCUGUGCACUGAGUAAGAGCCAUGGUGUCAUGGAAAGGGAUAUACUUCUUACUUGCACUGUUCUUGGCAAGCUUUUUUGGGAGCAUUUUUAUGCUCAGUCCUUUUCUACCUUUGAUGUUUGUCUCCCCGGCCUGGUAUCGCUGGAUCACUGACCGCAUUGUGGCCACCUGGCUCACACUCCCAGUGGCUUUGCUGGAGAUGGUGUUUGGUGCAAAGGUGGUUAUAACAGGUGAUGGGUUCAUCCCCGGAGAAAGAAGUGUCAUCAUAAUGAACCACCGGACACGAAUGGACUGGAUGUUCCUAUGGAACUGCCUGUUGCGAUACAGCUACCUCAGACUAGAAAAAAUCUGUCUCAAAUCCAGUCUCAAAAGCGUUCCAGGAUUUGGUUGGGCAAUGCAGGUUGCUGCCUUUAUUUUCAUUCAGAGGAAGUGGGAAGAUGACAAGAACCACUUUGAAAAUAUGUUGGAUUAUUUCUGUGACAUUCGUGAACCACUGCAACUCCUUAUCUUUCCUGAAGGAACUGAUCUCACAGCCAAUACCAAAGCCCGCAGUAAUGAAUUUGCUGAAAAGAAUGGACUUCGGAAAUACAAAUAUGUCUUGCAUCCACGAACUACUGGUUUCACUUUUGUAGUAGAACGUCUAAGGGAAGGUAAUAACCUUGAUGCUAUCCAUGACAUAACUGUGGCAUACCCUCAAAACAUUCCGCAAACAGAGAAGCACCUUCUGAAUGGAAACUUCCCAAAGGAGAUACAUUUUCAUGUCCAUAGGUAUCCAGUACAGACUCUGCCAACUUCCAGGGAAGAGCUGCAGCUCUGGUGCCAGAAGCGUUGGGAAGAGAAAGAAGAGAGACUCCAGUUGUUCUACGAAGGUGAAAAGUACUUUGAUGUAACAGGGCGAAGCAUAAUUCCACCUUGUAAAUCUGAGCUCAGGGUCCUAGUGGUUAAAUGCAUCUCACUUCUGUACUGGACGUUGUUCACACUAGCUAUGUUUGUGUUGCUGUAUUUGUACAGCUUUGUGCGAUGGUAUUGUGUGACCGCGGUUGUCAUUUUUGUUGUGCAACAAAAAAUAUUUGGUGGGCUGGAAAUAAUUGAAGUUGCACGUCAUCGAUAUUUUAAUGAACGACAGAAUGGAUAUGGCAAGAAAACAGAAUAACAAGUGUAGUGCUGUUAUGGGAGAGGGAGGUAAAGGGUGUUUUUGAGACCUACCACAGACUUUGUAAACAGGGAAGCGUUUUUGCAUGAGAAUUGUCUUUUUUUUUUUUUUUACUACCGCCAUUAUUUGUUAAAGACAUUUUGCACUUAUUCUGUGAAAAAGACAUUCUAGUUACUGCUAUGUGUGAAAAUGAUAGUUUUUAUCUUUGAAUGUAAUUUCUAUAUUGCUCUGGCAAGCAGCUAGCAACUGCAGCAUAUUGUAGCUAUGAAACAACUUGCUGGAUUAUUUAACAAUCAUUAGGAUGUUAAUAAAUGUGAGAUACACUGAACUUUUUAAAACUGCAGAUCCAAACUGGUUAGCGAAGGGAGACAGAUCUGUGAUUCCCGUACAAUCAUGUUGGCCUAAACUAAGCACCAGACUUGUUCGUUUAGCGACUAACGCACGUGCGCACGUGCAGUCCUAAUAUGUUCACAUUUAUUUUAAACCCUUUUCUCCCACACUUCCCCAAACAUGACUGAGCAUGCUGCUACCCAACCUAGCUGAAGAAGUGAGAAACUAGAUGGAGAUUCUAACUUGAGUGUUUCAUGUUGUGGUGCAGAUAGGGCCAUCCACUCUGCCCCACUCUGACUCUAAAUUGAUUUUUUGCAAGACCUACAUUUCUAGGUUUUGCUCCCUCAAUGUGCUGUACGGCUGUCACCUAUGUAAUAGCCCUUACCUG